CCAGAGACUGCAUAGGUGAAACCCAUAUAACUAAACGUUUGGGGAACCCGGAAGUAUCAACAGAGUGAGACGUCUGCGCUUUUUCUCCUUACUACAAACCGUCGUUCCUUUCCGCUCUGCAGGAAUUCCUUCUGCAGUAUGGACUCUAAACACAGGAAGAAGGUCUGCUACUACUACUAACGACCAUAGACAGUAUAUAGAAGAUAACGACAGAUCGCAACAUUUCUAGGCAGGAAUGAGACUCCCCUACCGCUGAGCUCAAGAUGAGAGAGUGGUGGGUUCAUGUGGGUUUGAUCUGCAUCCCGCUGGUGGCCGUCUACCUGCACAUCCCGCCCCCUCAGCUGUCCCCUGCCCUGCAAAAGUGGCAUAGUGCCGGGGAGGUGUUCCAUUUCAGAGGCAGGGAGAUCUUCUACAGAGAUUCCUAUGGGGCUUUGGGAAGCUCCGAUGUCGUCAUUCUGCUCCAUGGCUUCCCCACCUCCAGCUUCGACUGGAACAAGAUCUGGGAGCCACUCACUCAGCGCUUCCAUCGAGUCAUUGCACUGGACUUCCUGGGCUUUGGUUUCAGCGACAAGCCACGACCCCACAGGUACUCCAUCUUCGAGCAGGCCAGUGUGGUGGAGGCCCUGGUGGCUCACUUGGGUCUGAGCAACCAGCGAGUGAAUCUGGUGUCCCAUGACUAUGGAGACACUGUGGCCCUGGAGCUGCUCUUCAGGACUGACCAAAACCGCACAGGACACCUCAUCAUUAACAGCCUGUGUCUUUCUAAUGGAGGAUUAUUCCCAGAAACACAUUACCCACGUUUGCUGCAGAAGCUUCUGAAGGACUCUAGUUUUCUGGCUCCAGUUCUGACCCGUCUCACCAACUAUAUGAUCUUCCAAAAAGGGAUUGGAGACGUGUUCGGCCCGUACACGCAGCCCACAGACGCUGAGUUCUGGGACAUGUGGACGGGUUUACGCUACAACGACGGCAACUUAGUGAUGGACAGUAUUCUGCAGUACAUCAACCAGAGAUUAAAACACAGGGAGCGAUGGGUGGGUGUGCUCACUUCCACCUUCGUCCCACUGCACAUGAUCUACGGACCCCUGGACCCAGUCAACCCUCAUCCUCAAUUCAUCCGUCUUUACCAGCAGCUGGUCCAGAGGUCGACGGUCACCAUUUUGGACGAACACAUCAGUCACUAUCCUCAGCUGGAAGAUCCCACUGGCUUCCUCAACGCAUAUUUCAAUUUUAUUCACUCUUUCUGAAGGGAUACCAAAUGCAACACCCCGUGUUCAUUAAUUAUUUUCAGACCCUUAACAAGCUGUUUGGUACGUUAGCAACACUUAUUCAAGGUGAUAAACAGCCACAUGAGGUGCAAAGACUUCCCCUGAUGAACGUAACCAGGAGUAAUGAGAUUUAUACACGAGUGACGGGAUAAUUUACCAGCACCAAACCCUAAAGUGUCAAUUACUACCCUGGAAGACAUCUAAUAUGAGCUAGAAACAUUAUUUAUUCUACUUAAUGCACAGAAUCACUAAUCUGGUAGUUUAUGGACCUUCUUUCAACAUGAAAGUUAAAGUUAUAGGUUGUGCAAUUACUGACUUACUGAUUACUGACAUCGUUUUGAGUCCUGCAAUCAGCUGCAUUCUAAAUGAAUUUUGAUGAUUUUCUACAUUUCUCUUGAUGUCAAUGAAAAACCUAACUGUCAACUUUUCGUCAAAUAAAACUAGUUUUGUAUAAAA